UAUAUAUAUCAAAAUCUAAUCUAACCAUUAUUUUAUAUUCUAUAAAUUGUAAGGUUAGUAUGCUGGUUAUGUGAAAAAAAAAUUAUACAUAUUUCAAAUUAUGUAUACACUGUCUAUACAAAAAUGAAAUGCGUUGGAGUUAACAGACAAAAUAUAUUCACAAAAAAUAGGACAUAAACAAAAUUAACCUGAAUAAUAAAAUACAAUUUGAAAUUCCAAUUCUAAUUUGAAAAUUAUAAAAAAUCUAUUACAAUGCAUGGAAGAGUAAAAGUGCGAACAAGUGCAGAGCAAGAGGCAAUAAAAAAGAAGGAAAGAGCUGAAAAACUUGCACGCUAUAGAGCUGGCAUAAGUAUUGUAUUUGAAAAAAGAAAAAAUAAACUUUACGACAAUGAAUUAAUGAUGAUAACUGAACGUAUGCUACUACAGAAUCCUGAUAUUUAUACAUUAUGGAAUAUUCGUCGAGAAGUAUUUACAAAUAACAGUUGGAAUGAAAAAGACUUAAAAGACCAUUAUCAAAAUGAAUUAACACUUACGGAAAAUUGUUUGAAAGAAAAUCCUAAAUCAUACUAUGUAUGGUAUCAACGAAUAUGGAUUAUAAAUUAUUUUGGGGAUUGUGAUUGGAAGAAAGAAUUAAUGUUAUGUACUAAGUGUUUAAACUUAGAUGAAAGAAAUUUUCAUUGUUGGAAUUACAGAGAGUUUAUUGUACAGAAAGCAGGAAUCUCUCCUGAAGAAGAAUUUAAAUUUGCCACUACAAAGAUCCUGAAUAAUUUUUCUAACUAUUCUUCUUGGCAUUACAGAAGUCGACUCUUAUCAAAAAUAUUUUCUAGUUGUGAACAGAAACAGAUCAAUGAACAGAUUAAAGAUGAGUUGGAAUUGGUAAUGAAUGCCACAUUUACUGAUCCUAGCGAUUCUAGUGCAUGGUUCUACCAAAGAUGGUUACUGGAUACGCAUGAAUUUUCUCCUAUUCUUUCUCAAGCUUUAAUAAAAGAAAACAGUGUGACUCUUUUUAUCAGUCAAAAUGUAUCGAUAAAAUCAAUAGAUAUACAAAUAAAUGAUGAAUAUGAAAGUGUUCAAUGGAAGUCUUGGUCAAAAGCAAAGUUUUCAAAACUGUGGUUUGGAAAAUUUCAAAAGCAGUUAAGCGAGAUAAAGAAUAUUGAAAUAAAAAUUGAAGAAAACUUUUAUCCUUUGCAUUGUUCUAAUCAGACAUGGAUAUAUAAAAAAAGAAAAUAUAAACCAUGCUGUAACAAAGACCAAUUAUUGGAACAAUUAUCAAGUUAUAAACAACUUUCAAGCAUGGAACCUAAUAAUAAAUGGGCUCAUUUGACAGCUAUUCUUUUAAUGAGAAAAAUCGAUUUUGUACAAUUUUAUGAAGAUAUUUUAACAAAUUUGAAUAUUCUUGUUAACAUCGAUCAUCUCCGAUCUAAUUAUUAUAAAGAUUUACGAAACAAAUAUAUAAUAGAUUACAAAUUAUGUAAAAUCUGGGACAUAGAAGAAGAUCACGAAAUAAAAUUAGAAAUUGAUCUUUCAGGAUUAAAUUUAACAACACUUAGUAACAGUGAACAUCUUGGGUUUUUUGAAGAAGUAAAUCUUGGUGCAAAUUCUCUAUCAGAUUCUUUGUAUCAGUUAGCUGUUUUGCAAAAUUGUAAAAAAUUAUCACUUUCAAGUAAUCAAUUGGAAAGUUUGAAAAAAUUUCCAGUACUAGAAAGUCUUGAAGUUUUAUCAUUGAGAAAUAAUGAACUAAAGGAUUGCAAUGAAAUAUUACAAUUGCUGAUGAAACAUAAAUUAAAAUCGCUUGAUUUGAGAGAAAAUCCUGUUUGUAAUUUGAAAGAUUUGCAAACUAAUAUAACCCAAAUUAAUUCAAGUUUGCAAUUAUAUAUAAAUUAAUCUUCACAAUGUAUACAUUUAGGUAUAAUAUAAUCUAAACAUAUUUAUAUCACCUAUUAUUUAUUUUGUAUUAUAAAAUAGUUUAAUUUACUCAAGUAACCAACUUUUUAAUACGAUUGAAGGAAUAAAUCGUCGUACAAAAUACAUUUAUAUAUAAAUACGAAAUGUAGAAUUAGAUUUCAGUGUUCACGGUGCUAACAAAAUAAUUUUCAAGACUUAUAGGAACGACUUUUCCCCUCAAGUCAAAAAUAUGUAAAUUAUUUUCUCAGAAUGAACUGUUGAAAUUUUUUAGAAUUUUACUUCCUUUUUAUACACUAAUUCUUGAUAAAUGGAAUAAUUCUGAUUAAAAGUA